UUCUAUGUCUCUCUCUCUCUCUCUCUGAAUUUUCAAUAUAAGGACUUGUUUGUUUGUUUGGUACUUGAUUAUAGAAUCAACCUUGGAACCCAAACCUAGGCGUCAUGUCUAGUAACCUUAAAGAUUGGCCUGAGCCAAUAGUCCGUGUCCAAUCCUUAUCCGAAAGUCCCGUAAUCCCUGACCGGUAUAUCAAGCCGCAGGCACUAAGGCCAACCGUAAACUCGAACGUCCUGAAUGAUGUCAACAUUCCAUUGAUCGAUUUUGCCGGAUUAAACUUCGACACCCUUCCAGCAGCCACUUUGGAUCAAAUCUCCGACGCCUGCCGGAACUGGGGUUUUUUCCAAGUUGUGAACCAUGGAGUGAGCCCUCACCUCAUGGACCGUGCCCGGUCCGCUUGGCGCGAGUUCUUCCACAUGCCCAUGGAAUUGAAGCAAAGUUUCGCAAACUCUCCCAAGACAUACGAAGGGUAUGGAAGCCGGUUAGGUGUCGAAAAAGGCGCCAUUCUUGAUUGGAGUGACUACUACUUCCUUCACUACCUUCCCACUUGUUUGAAAGAUCAUAAAAAAUGGCCUGACCAACCAGAAUCUCUCAGGGAGGUGAUUGAAGAGUAUUCUGAUCAAGUGGUGAAGCUAGGUGGGGUUUUGAUGAAAGUGUUUUCUAAGAACCUUGGAUUGAGAGAGGACUAUCUGCAAAAUGCAUUUGGGGGGACAAAUAUUGGUGCUUGCCUAAGAGUGAAUUUCUACCCAAAGUGUCCACAACCUGACCUGACCCUAGGUCUGUCGUCUCACUCGGACCCCGGUGGCAUGACCCUUCUCCUCCCCGACGACCAUGUCCCCGGCCUUCAAGUUCGUCGCGGCGACAGCUGGAUCACUGUAAAACCAGCUCCACAUGCUUUCAUCGUCAACAUCGGAGAUCAAAUUCAGGUACUAAGCAAUGCAAUAUACAAGAGUAUAGAGCACAGAGUAAUAGUAUCAGGCAUGGAACGAGUAUCACUUGCAUUUUUCUAUAAUCCAAGAAGUGAUUUGCUAAUAGAACCAGCGAAAGAGCUGGUGACACCUGACAAACCAGCUCUCUACCCACCAAUGACUUUUGAUGAAUACAGACUCUACAUAAGGACGAGGGGUCCCCAAGGAAAAUCCCAAGUUGAAUCUCUUAAAUCUCCAAGAUGAUGAUUAUGAUUCAUUGUAAAUCCCUUUUUAUCACUCAAUGAAUAUUAUUAAUUAAUUGUAAAUCUUGGGAUUUUAAUAUGAUCAAAAUUUAUGAUUAAUUGUAAAUCUUGGAAUUAUUAAGAUAAAAUUUAUGACCCUUAAUAAUAAUAAUAAUAAUAAUGAAUUUCAUUGUCCAUAAAGUUUGUCUCUUGUGUUCUCUAACUUUUUCUCGUUAUCUAAUUGAUGAGGAUAUAGAAAUGACUGAACCACAUGUAUCAUUUAAGUUCAAAUUUUUUGUGUUUUGUGAGAAUCGAAUCUGAAUAUCCGAAUAUACUGUUCGCGCCAGGAGACCCCACUUA